AUGGCGGACUAUAGGUGCGCCACUACAUCCAUAUAUGACAUCCUAGAAAUGGCCUUCUCCCUGUUACCCUGCUUUGACUCUACACUCUCAGCCCUACUUGAGGAAGAGCAAAACGUAUGUCCUGAUACCAAGCUCAUUCCCCGAAUCAAUGAGACACUUGCAGCACCAGGAUACUAUCAAGCUGCUAAUGGAGAGGUCAGCAUAGAGCAAUUUGGCCAACCACGGCUUCCCCAAAGCAUAGAUGAACCCUUGCUGGCAAUGCAAAUGAGCAGCACUGCGCCUAUCUCGAUGCCUCUUGCUCCAGGGUGUGAUGAAGAGUGCCUCACGACGGCACUAACCAGAGGGUACAUGAGCCUGGAUAGUGCCCUGUAUCCACAAACAGGAGCAAUGAUCCCGAGUUACAACACAGAGGCAUCAAAAUUAGGAUUCUUCAAUGGUAGUGGUGGUAAUAGCAAUGGUAUGGUGGUGUUAGAUAUGAAUGACAUCGGCGAGUAUCAGAGGAUGAUAGAAGGUGAAGGACUGACCAGAACAUAUAGCGACACAGAUUCCAGGCAAGGGGGCUAUAGCAACACUGCAGAGAUUCAGAGAAAGCUGGGGAGCGGUGGGGAGGGGCGGAAUUUACCCCAUCUGGGGCGCGAGGGCGAGGCCGUUGUUGAGCUACAACAUGUCGUAGUUGGAGGUGUCGUAGAGGCGGCGCAGCGUGGCGGUGGGGAGAUCUGCACCUAA